ACACACACACACACACACACACACACACAUAUCGUAUAUACAUACACUUAAUAAGCACAUAUAUUGACAUUUUAUAAUCACACUAACGCAUCGUAGUAAAUAUAAUUACGAUUUUAAAAAUUAUUCUCUAUUAAAUUUCUAUGUUGUUGAUAUCCUGUGGUUGGAAAUGUAUAUGAUUCUUAAUGGCAUUUGCAUUGAUUUACAUAAAUUAUUUUAACAAUAUUAAAAGAUAAUACAUGAAAUUGUAGGCUUAUUAACAUUUAUAUGUAUUAUUCUAUAUAAUGUAUAUAAUAUUUUAUGCUUAGGAUAUGUUAAUAUUAGUAUAUAUAUAGUGAAAGAAAACACGAUCAACACAAACCGUGAGUUAGUUUGUAUUCGAUUUAUCAAGUCCAAUUUUCUCUAUCAAUUUAAAUGUUCAUAAUUUAACUAUUAUAUGUAUCUAAUUUUUAAAUAUACACACCUUGUUGUUGUAGCAAUAAUAUUUGAUAAUGUCAUAUCAAUUCAUAACAGAAGAUCGUCCACAAACCAAUGGUCAAAAAGACCAGUCGAAAUCAAUUACAAAUGUUAAGUGGUCAACUUUGUCAGAACGUACAAUACCGAAAAUUCAAGUAACUUUACAAAAAAUCCAGUCGGACAUUCAAAUCGAAUCAAAUGUAGAUUAUGACGAUUUGUGCGGACCGUGGGUUUAUUCAAAAAAUCCUCUUCAUAGUAAAUAUGUUGAUUCACCGCAGCCAAGUUUAUGCAUUUGGAAAUAUUUUACAGAAGAGGAUAUAAUUUAUCUUAAAAAGCAUCAAGAAAACAAGAAUCUGAUACGUUCUUUUUUUGAAAAUAAAUUGUUAAAUGAGACUACAGGGAAAAGUAAUACUGUUUUUAUAAAUGUAUUAUGGGAAUUCUUCAAGCUUACUAGGUAUUUGAGUAUAUUGAAUUUAUAAAAAAUGUUUUCUCUUUAAAAUUUAUAAUUGGUAUGUAAUACAAAUUUAAAAAGUUAGUCUUAAUCCAUAUCUAAAUGAAUAUUUAUUGAAUUGUAUUUUAGGCUAAAAUUAUUCACUGAAAAAGGUAUUUCUGCAUGUUUGGGGAUCGUGUAUUUAACACAUUUAUUUUUUCUUUCUUAUCCGUGGUGGACAGCUCAAGAAGUCCACCAGUUUUUUUAUAAAAGCGUUUUACUACAUGUUGUUUUGGUUUGUAUAUUUCUCUAUCAGAUUAUAUAUAUAGCAUAUAAUGAUGGAUCUUUAGAGAUAAGCAAAAGUUUGUAAAAGUCUGCAAUAUGUAAUUUUUAGUAUCCUCCAAACAGUCUGGAAGUAUUUACUAUGAACGAAUGCAAAUUUUUACUUAAAUUAUUUCACAAAGCAUACAUAAAAAAUCUUGUUUUGCUGCAUAUUCUGUGUCAUACAAAGUAUCAUUUUACUCUAAAAUUACGUACUCCAGAAAAUUCAAUUAUGAAACAUUAAUAAAGAAAGUACACAUUGACAAAUGAAUUAUUUACUCAAUGUACGUUUAUAUUUUUAAAUUGACUCACGCAUAGAAAUAUGAAGAACUUCUAUUACAUAGUAAAUAAUAUAAAAAAGUCUGAUGAAUUAACAAUUUGUUUAUAU